UCUAGAGGUGGCGGGGACUGUGUGUGACGCACGCUCGUCGGGGGCCUUGCUGCUCUGCUGAUUGGCUGCGGCCGCUGCUAGUCAGAGAGGAGCUGGGAUUCGGGCGCUGCUUGGAGAGCAGAUUAUGAAGCGGCGCUCGACCAGCGGCAGUCUCCUCUCGUCGUCUCAAUGGCUGCACACGCAUUCCUCAUCUGCUCGCUCGCCUUACUGUCCGCUCUCAGCCGGCCCGGGCGCUCCUUCUCUGACGACGACUAUCAGCCGGGACUCAUCUAUGACGAAGUGCCUGUGAUCCUGGACAGAAGCAAAGAGAACCCCCAUCAAGCCACAAGAGUCUCAUCAAGUCAAGAUGGCGAGUACGGCUUGGAAAGCGAAGAGGUCUUUUUGACGCCUGAAGAUGAAAACCCACUCAGGAGAAUACUGCAGCCUUUUAAAUGGCAUCAGACCGGGAUGGCUCUCAGUAAAAGGAAACUUCUCCAGUCUCUGAUGGGGCCCUAUGGCCCACUCAGUGUGUCUUACAAUGGGAAGCCUUGCAUUCUGUUUAAGGCGAAGCGCCUUGCAAUCCGCUACAGGAACCACACGUUCAUAGAUCUGACUGAGAAGGUCUUCAGUCCCAAUUCACCUGUGGACACCAAGGGCUCCAUCUGCACCAAGGAUAAAGCUACGCUUUCCUUAAGGUUUGGUGAUGUGGAGGACUUGCGAAGUCUUGUAAUCAGGCUUCAGAUGUCCAAUACUUUUUAUGAAGCAGCAGGCCAAAACUGGUUCACGUUGGACAGCGUUCACAUCCAGUACAACUGGACCCAGGAGGCUACGUUCAACGCCAGUGAGGUCUACGCUCCUGCCACCUCAUCCUACCAUUGCCAGCACGUCAGCAGUCUGCACAAAUAUGACACCCUGCUAGUGCCCAGCUCCCACACUGACACAUCCGCUAACUGGCACAUAACUUUCACAGAUUUCCAGAUCCAGGCCUUCAAUGUGCAGUCAGAGAAGUUUGCGUCGGCCAGUGACUGUGCUACUUUCUUGACGCCAGCUAUCCUGAUGGGCCUGGUGACAUCUUUAAUCCUGCUCCUCGUCUUAGCCUACGCUCUGCACAUGGUGGUACAUCUCAAGCACAUUGAUCGCUACGAGGAGCACAAAGCCACCGUCUACUUUCCCCGUAGUCCAGAGGCAGAGUUACCAGACAAAAACAGCCUGUGAAGGAGAACUUGAAGCCUGAGGAUGACUGAGGAAAGAUGCGAAAAGAGAAAGAAUCAAGGCUCCACGGAGGGCAAAUGACUACAAGAUUGAAAAAAGUAUCCUCCACCUAAUUUGUUCAACAAAAUGACACAUUUGCCUGUUCAUGUGACAUUUCAUGAUAAGUCUUACCUACUUCAAGAAAAAAAAGCAAAGUGUGGCUGGAUACUUUUUCUUCUUUCCUCAUUGACCUGCAUCUCCUUUGGAUGUCCAAAUUUCUCCCAGAAUCAGCUCAUUGCCUGAUGUCCAAGAUCAGCGGCUGUCCCGGGGUCCUGAAGGGAAAACAACAUCUACAGGUUUUUGUCCAAUCCAGCCCUUAAAAACCAAGAGGCUUACAAGUGUAGCUAAUACAGCUAACUCAGAUGCUCCAGCUUAAAUGUAUGUAUCACAUGGCUGACAAGUGUCAUAUUACAAGCAUCAAUCAUGGACAUUGUCUUUCUAGCUUUCAUUAAAGUAUACUUUGUCAAACAACGCUGCAAGAAUUUUAAACUUCAAAUAGUCAAUUUUAUAGCUGAGAUAGCCUUAUUAGCUGCAUGUCCUAAAAUUAGUCAGGUCUAGUAAGAGAUUCCUAUAAUUAGGGAUACAGAAAGUUACUUGCUUGAGUUUCCGCUUAAAUAAUCAAAUAUGGCACAAAGUAAAAGGAGAUGGAAAAGCCUGUGUGAGUGUUUAAGCAGUGGGGAGUAUUGGGAACUACUGGUCCAACAUCUGUCUGGAGUGAUCGGACCUUCAGAGCCACUGGCUUUUCUCACCCCACCCUUGAACAGGACUGCUGCUUGGAACUUUACUGUGAAAUGGCCUUCAACAGACCAAACAGACAAAAGGGAUUCUACAAACUAGCACAACAUUUGUUAGUAGCAAAAGCACUAACAACAGACUGUAAAAGACUAUUUACAAGGAACUAUGCUGCAUACGACGGCCCGUCUAAGGGCAGGGCAGUGAAUGCGAGUUUCGGGAUGCCCCAUCUUGUUCGGGUCAAUUGUUCGAACAUAGUAGGAAGACGGUCUUCAAUUUAGACCACUGGAACUGACUGCCAAAGCAAAGCUACAAUUGAGUUGCCAUAACAUAUGGUGAGAGACAGAGUGAGACAAUGUGAAAAUGAAGCUAACCAUUACAGCUAUGUACAAAAUAAAACAAACAAAGAAAAUACCAUACAUUCAUGUACAGAUGUUUCACUCUGCGGAGGUCUUUUUUUAUAUUCAGUGUUAUCAUGAAAAACUGUUAGGUGCAGGUUGAAAAUGCUAAACCUCAUAAACAAAAGGAUAUAACACCACUGUAAAUAUCUAAAGAUCUAUUUGAUGAUAGCUGUUAACUCUCUUCAAUAACUGCACAACUAAUAAGUAUAGGUACAAUUGUGCUAUGGAAAUUGGUUAACGUAUCAAUGCUAUAAUUGUUUUCUACAAGGAUUGCCAUGUUACACCUUAUUUCUAUUUAAGCUGGGCCCGACAAUAUAAGGUUCAGUUUCAUUUAACUGCAAAUUACAGUGCAAAUUUUUACCAUAGGCAAAAGAUACUAUGGAAUGCCGUUUACUCACCGGGACCUAUAAACUCCAUUAUUAUGCCAGAAGCCACACUAGCAGCAGUAACAGCAUCAGUAAGUCAUUACUACUGAUUUAAAAAAAAAGAAACACUCAGCAUGACAGUUAAUAGAUAUCUUAACAUUCGAUAUGGCAGUUCUGUCAGUCUGUAGCAGUGUGAAAUGUGUUCUUUGGUCAUAAAUGUAUCCAAAAACUUUGAAUUGAUUGGAGGCAGUUUGUCCAAGGACUAACUGAUGUAAAAGGAACAAUAAACAAUAUUCUGAGGGAAA